UAGAAUAGUACUCACUAAAUCUGCCCCCACAUUUUGAUAUCUAAAACACUAGCAAAAGACAUGGCAAAAGUCACCAAAAGAUUUCAUUUCGUGAGUCAACCUGGACCAUGCUCACAAUGCAUCAGCAAAGAAGAUGUGAGGAAGGCUGUAACUGAGGCCUUGGAAGUGGGGCCUCAUGCACGGGAAAUAAUCAAUGAUUUCAUGGCAAACUUUAGUUGCACAAUAUGUCGUGAAGUCAUUAAGACGGAUAUAAUUGUUGGUGAAUGCUGUGGAGCCAUWAUUGGGUGCAGGGAAUGCACCAACAUUUGGUACCAAGAGAACGAAAUGUGCCCCAAGUGCAGGGACAUUAGAGGGGAUGUCAAAAGACUACACUUGAGGGGCUUCUCAGAUGUAUUAAAGAAAGCAGUUGAAAUGCAGGACAACAGUAAUGAAGAUUAAGUUUUGACGAUCAUAGUAAAAAUGGAAAC